UAGAGACAACUUUUAGCCCCCAACAGCUGCGGUGGUCUUGCCGGCGACUACCGGGACACUGGCAAUUCUGCAGAAGCUUUUAGGCUUUACUGCGUCAGGAAGCCAGAAACAUACUUUUUUACUGUUUGAGAACAAAGCGUUCUACUUGCAAUUUUGGCACGCUCCUAGUUAACGUGGGUUGUCGCAGAAGUUCGGCAUGCCCAGCAGGGUCGAGCUGGCCAUGCACCAUACUAGCUCGUACAUUGUAUCCUAGGCUUAUGAGCUGGGAUACUGCGGCUUUGUAAGCUAUCAGGUGCCCUACAUGGAGCACGACAUGACGGGAAUGUGCGUCCCAUCACCGCUGCCGGCCCUGCGUCCGCUAGACUUCGGGUCGUGGUCGCGAUGCGGAAGCCAGUCCGCCGGCACUCCAGCUGUCAGAGCGCACCAUGACUCAAGGCGCUUCCUAAAUGCCACGGUUGACACCCUGAUGAAGCAGCUAAAGGCAGCCGCCAAGAUUGCAACUGACAUGACCAGCUUGCACGACCUGGGGCAACUGAAGGCGAAGUACAUCAAGCUAUGGCAGCUGCUGAACUGCCUUACUGAUCGCUACGUGGCGGCCAUCACGGCCAAGGUGGCACGCAUUAUUUGGAAGCUUGGCCUGGAAGAAGCUCAUGGCCAGGGUUUGCUCUAUCGCCAUCUCGACCUUCUGCAGGCCCAGGCCCUGGCCGCAUCCAGCGCAGCACCCUUGGAAGCAUCGGGUACGAAUGACUCUCUGCAGCCCGUUGCUUGCCAACAAGGAGGCAGCAUACCGCCGAGUGUCAUCCCACGGGACAUGCUGCAUGCAGUUCAGGACCUGCUUACGAACUUGGCAGAGGAGCUUCUGAAGCUCAAGACCAAGCUCAGCACUGUGGAGGAGGAGCGCCUCCAAGAAGCUGUACUGGCGGCGGAAGCCGAGGGAGACGUGAGCGGCCCGCUGCCCAAGGGCGAGCUGUCUCCUGCUAUUGUAGCCUUCGCGCACUGUACGACGCCAAACUGCACCGUCGCAGACAGCACCAAGGGCAGGACUCCAUCCUUGGAUACUUCGGCUUCCUCCGCGUCGCCCCCGCCGCACCGCCUUGCAUCCUGUUACUGGGACACGGAACCCGACGCCGUGGCCAUAGUGCAGGUUUCAGAUACGGAGGGGCUGGGGCGUGCCGAUCAACUCCCCACGGGAUGUGGGCUUGCGUCAAGGAUUGCUCAGGUUGCGCGUGUGGGCCUGUUUGCUGGGGCUUCGAAGAAGCCCACAGAAAGGAGCUUCGAACUAAGCACUAUCCAAAAGGUUACCAUAUCGUCGGAUCCUGACAGCUCAUCAGGUUGCAUCUCUCCAUGUUCACCGCGAUUGGAGCUGGCCGAAGCAGCAUUAAAGGGGUACCUUUUCCAUCAGUACUCGGAGCCGAAAUCAGCGGCAGCCGCCCAGCCCCUUGGCACGAUUGAGUUGUCAUCUGCCCCCAGCCUUACCGGCGCAUUGCGUGCCCCGCCGGACGCGGGCGUUAUCUCUGGGCAUACUCACUCAAUCGGUUCGCAAAGCACCCUAGCGCUCGAAUUGCAGGAGGACAACGGAGGCGCCGAUGCGGACUUCACGUACACCCAGCAGCGCCUGGCUUUCUCGGUGCUGAAGCUAGGGCAGUUGCGCGCUGAGCUCGAUCAGGGUGCACACGCGCCAUGGAAGAAGGCUGACGGCAUCGCUGAUGUACAACAUGUGGACCAGCACGGCAGCAGCGACGGCACUGUACCGAGUCCUAGGCUGGACCUGUUCGGCGUGGACAUGUUUUGCGCCUCGGAGCUGGAGAUGAAGGGGUUUCGCGCUGAGAAUGAGAACCUGCGGGCCCAAGUCGAUGUACAGGCUGCCGAGCUGCGGCAGGUGCACAAGGAGGUGGAGGGGCUACGUGCCGCCAAGGACAAGCUGGUCGAGGAACUGCAGGCUUUUCAUACGGUGGGAGUUGCCGUCGAGAGCGCCUCCCCAGCGGCUUCAAGGCCUGCCCCUGCGAAGGCUGACAGCCGCAAGGUAAGGCUGUCAUGCUCCAGCGAUGAAACAUGCCAAAUCAUGACAUGGGGUGGAACCAAAAGGAGCGGG